CAGUUUUAUUUAAAAGCUUGGUCGGUGACACACAGUUCAAACCCUUCAAUAGGUCGAGACAAAUUCUUAUUCCUUGUGUUUGAUACGUCCUGUAAUUUGGCAGUUCCGUCCGUUAAUCUUCGUUAAUAUUUUGCUUUGCGUCUGGAAAGUUAUGAAGCUCGUGAUAGUGGUACUAGCUACACUGCUGUGUGGGGGACAAUGUGAGGAGGAUUGUUCUUCAAUCCGAGACUACAAUACACAAUGUGCCGGCUGGUUUGACCUGGGGUACUGUGAGUCUGACUCACAGUUUCACAAGCAAGCCAGGAAACUGUGUCCUAGCUCCUGCUCCAACUGUGGGUUCCAGUUCACUAAACAAGACGACUGUCCUAAUCUAGAAGACACACUACCACAGUGCCACAAGUGGAUGCUAGCUGGCAAGUGCUCCUACCUGGGACAGGACUACGACUACACGAUGAAGCACUGCCCGUUCUCCUGUAAUGGGUGUCAGGUCGCGCUGUACGGUGAGGGGGAGGAAUGCGCGCAGCUCUCUGACUACAACACACACUGCAGGAAGUGGGCCGAGAAGGGGCUGUGUGACCGGGCUUCUCACUCUGGGUUCAUGGCUAAGAACUGCUCGUACUCCUGUGCUGGGUGCAAGGAUGAGAUCUGCGCUGUGGCUAGGGAUGUGUCCGACUCUUGUGCUAACUACAAGUCUAGAGGUUGGUGUGAGAGGAACCAUUUCUACUACAAGGACAUUGCCAACGAUUGUCAGGCUACCUGCAACAACUGUACUUAGACCAGAGUGGAGUCAGGGACGCGUUUAGUGGAGUCAGGGACGCGUUUAUGGUUAGUGGAGUCAGGGACUACUUUAGUGGUGUCACGGAUACGUUUAUGGAUUUUAAUUUUGAGACUUCUUGACUUAAAUGUGAGAUAUGUGACCAGCUCUUGAUUUAAUUAUGUGUAUAAUAAAUUGAAGGUUCCAAUUUAGAAUAUGUUUUGAGGAGAGCUAUUGUAAGAGUUUUACACAAUUCUCGUAGUUAUGAUCUUAAUUGGAGCAAGUAAUUUUUAAACAUUUGUACGGUAUCUUGUCAUGCCAUACAUUGAGCGUUUAAAAUAGUUUUUAUAAUUAUGUUUUUUAUGUUAACAUGAUAUUAUGGUUUACUAAUUUGGGGAAAAAUUGUACGUAUUGGAUCAAAUAAUUUUAUUAA